UAGAGAGCGGCGGCGCUCGGCAGUGUGCCUGGCGGCUGAGGCCGGCGAGGGUGCCGGACCCGCAGACAGCUGCGGGGCACAGAGAGGCGCACUCCUGGGUUGGGACUGAGCGGUGCAAGCCUCUGAGAGAGCCGCUGAGCGCACUCGCUUUCGGUCGCUCAACUUCGGAACCAGGGCGCGGGAGCCCGGGGAGCGCUCGGAACCGCGGAGCCGAAGUAGCGCGGAGAGGGGCGCGCCGGAGCCUGUCUCGAGAGCAGGCGCCGGACGCCCAUCACGCUCCGAGUUCCGGGCAGCCCUCUGCGCAGCGUGGCUGCCGCUGCCCCCACGGAGGGCACGGGCUGGCGCGGUCGGGCACCAGUGAAGACGAAGAGGAGGCGGCGGCGGCGGCGUCGACGGCGGCGGCGAGGCUGGGGCCAGGGAGAGAGCCCCGGGGGAGAGGCGCCCGAGCCCGGCCGCGGGAGCAUGUGGGCCAGGAGCGGAGCGCGGGGCGCGUUGCUGCUGGCACUGCUGCUCUGCUGGGACCCAAUGCUGAGCCAAGCAGGCACCGAUGCAGGCAGCGAGGUGCUCCCCGACUCCUACCCAUCGGCGCCGGCCGAGCCACUGCCCCACUUCCUCCUGGAGCCACAGGAUGCCUACAUCGUGAAGAACAAGCCUGUGGAACUGCGCUGCCAUGCCUUCCCCGCCACGCAGAUCUACUUCAAGUGUAACGGCGAGUGGGUCAGCCAGAACGACCACGUCACACAUGAGGGCCUGGACGACGCCACCGGCCUGCGGGUACGAGAGGUACAGAUUGAAGUGUCACGGCAGCAGGUAGAGGAGCUGUUUGGGCUGGAGGAUUACUGGUGCCAGUGUGUGGCCUGGAGCUCCGCAGGUACCACCAAGAGUCGUCGGGCCUAUGUCCGCAUCGCAUACCUGCGCAAGAACUUCGAUCAGGAGCCUCUGGGCAAGGAAGUGCCCCUGGACCAUGAGGUUCUCCUACAAUGUCGCCCUCCAGAGGGGGUGCCGGUGGCUGAGGUGGAAUGGCUCAAGAACGAAGAUGUUAUCGACCCCACCCAGGACACCAACUUCCUGCUCACCAUUGACCACAACCUCAUCAUCCGCCAGGCCCGCUUGUCGGAUACAGCCAACUACACGUGUGUGGCCAAGAACAUUGUGGCGAAGCGCCGCAGCACCACCGCCACAGUUAUUGUCUAUGUGAACGGGGGCUGGUCCAGCUGGGCAGAGUGGUCUCCGUGCUCUAACCGCUGUGGCCGUGGCUGGCAGAAGCGCACACGGACCUGCACCAACCCCGCUCCACUCAAUGGCGGCGCCUUCUGUGAGGGGCAGGCCUUCCAGAAGACCGCCUGCACCACUGUGUGCCCAGUCGAUGGGGCAUGGACGGAGUGGAGCAAGUGGUCAGCCUGCAGCACUGAGUGUGCCCACUGGCGCAGCCGCGAGUGCAUGGCGCCCCCACCCCAGAACGGAGGCCGAGACUGCAGCGGGACUCUGCUUGACUCCAAGAACUGCACCGAUGGGCUGUGCAUGCAAAAUAAGAAAACUCUAAGUGACCCCAAAAGCCACCUCCUGGAGGCCUCAGGGGACGUGGCACUGUAUGCGGGCCUGGUGGUGGCCAUCUUCGUGGUGGUGGCCGUCCUCCUGGUGGUGGGGGUGGUGGUUUAUCGCCGCAACUGCCGCGACCUGGACACCGACAUCACCGACUCCUCAGCCGCCCUCACCGGCGGCUUCCACCCGGUCAACUUCAAGACCGCGAGGCCCAACCACCCACAGCUCCUGCACCCGUCUGUGCCUCCGGACCUCACAGCCAGCGCCGGCAUCUACCGUGGGCCCAUGUACGCCCUGCAGGACUCGGCCGACAAGAUCCCCAUGACCAACUCACCGCUGCUGGACCCCCUACCCAGCCUCAAGAUCAAGGUGUACAGCUCCAGCACCACCGGCCCUGGACCAGGCCUGCCAGAUGGGGCUGACCUGCUGGGGGUCCUGCCACCCGGCACCUACCCCGGUGAUUUCCCCCGGGACGCCCACUUCCUGCACCUGCGCAGUGCCAGCCUCGGCUCCCAGCAGCCCCUGGGCCUGCCCCGUGACCCAGGGAGCAGUGUCAGUGGCACCUUUGGCUGCCUGGGUGGGAGGCUCAGCAUCCCUGGAACAGGGGUCAGCCUGCUGGUGCCCAACGGAGCCAUCCCCCAGGGCAAGUUCUAUGAGAUGUACCUCCUAAUCAACAAAGCAGAAAACACCCUCCCACUUUCGGAAGGGACCCAGACAGUAUUGAGCCCUUCAGUGACCUGUGGGCCCACGGGCCUCCUGCUGUGCCGCCCUGUCAUCCUCACGGUGCCCCACUGUGCUGAAGUUAGUGCUGGUGACUGGAUCUUCCAGCUCAAGACCCAGGCCCACCAGGGCCACUGGGAGGAAGUGGUGACCCUGGAUGAGGAGACCCUGAACACCCCCUGCUACUGCCAGCUGGAGGCCAGGUCCUGCCACAUUCUGUUGGACCAGCUGGGCACCUAUGUGUUCCUGGGUGAGUCCUACUCCCGCUCAGCUAUCAAGCGUCUCCAGCUGGCCAUCUUCGCCCCUGCCCUCUGCACCUCCCUGGAGUACAGCCUCAGGGUCUACUGCCUGGAGGACACGCCUGCAGCUCUGAAGGAGGUGCUGGAGCUGGAGCAGACCCUGGGCGGCUACCUAGUGGAAGAGCCAAAGCCCCUGCUGUUUAAGGACAGUUACCAUAACCUGCGCCUCUCCCUCCAUGAUAUCCCCCACGCCCACUGGAGGAGCAAGCUGCUGGCCAAGUACCAGGAGAUCCCCUUCUGUCACAUUUGGAGUGGCGGCCAGAAGGCCCUGCACUGCACCUUCACCCUGGAGAGGCACAGCCUGGCCUCCACAGAGCUCACCUGCAAGGUCUGCGUGCGGCAGGUAGAAGGGGAAGGCCAGAUAUUCCAGCUGCACACCAUGCUGGCAGAGACACCUGCUGGCUCCCUGGAUGCCCUCUGCUCUGCCCCCAGCAGCACUGUCACCACCCAGCUGGGACCCUAUGCCUUCAAGAUCCCACUGUCUAUCCGCCAGAAGAUAUGCAACAGCCUGGAUGCCCCCAACUCUCGGGGCAAUGACUGGCGGCUAUUGGCGCAGAAGCUCUCCAUGGAUCGGUACCUGAACUACUUCGCCACCAAAGCAAGCCCCACAGGUGUGAUCCUGGACCUCUGGGAAGCUCUGCAGCAGGAUGACGGGGACCUCAACAGCCUGGCGAGUGCCUUGGAGGAGAUGGGCAGGAGUGAGGUGCUGGUGGCCGUAGCCACUGAUGGGGACUGCUGAGCUGCUCCAGAGCCGGGCCUGGUAGGGGCUGCCAGGGCGUGGAUGCAGGGAGGCUCAGGGAAGCCUCCCGUGGGGCAGGUCGGCCUCCAUUGCCCCCAGCUUGCAGCCUGAGUCACCCGCUCCUCUUCCCCUUGCCCCACCCACCUACCACGAUCAGCCUUAGGAAUCCAUGUACUCUGUUGUCAGGGGUACCGAGUGUUCAUUCUCCAUCCCCUGCUGUCUCUCCUGGCCUCAGGCCUCCACAUGCGGGAGCCCGGGUGGAGCUGAGGCCUUCAAGGGCAGGUGGGAAGAAAUGAGGUGGCCACCCGGCCCGGGACCUCUGGGUUUGUUUUAGCUAUGCUCUUCAUCUCCUUGCUCUUUGAUUUCUCCUCCUCCCCAAGUCCUCUAUUCACACCAUUUUCCUCUUUGAAGAGUCAGGUACAAUUCAGACAAACUGCUUUCUCCUGUCCAAAAACAAAAAGGAAAAAGAAAGAAAGAAAAAGAAAGCUUCAGACUGCUAGUAAGGCUCAAAGAAGAAAAAAAACACAAAAACCACAAGGGAAAACAAAAAACCCAGUUUCUUAGGAAACGCAAAUGAUUUAUUAUCCAGAUAUUUGGAUAAGUCCUUUUUAAGAAAAAAUAAUGAAAAUGAAAAACAACACAAAAAAAUAGAAAACUCUUUUCUUGAGUGUGAAUGAGUGUGGGCAUGCUCAUGCUCUGGCCAAGAGCAAGUUUGUGUGUAUGUGUGUGUGUGCAUCUGUGUGUGUGAGAGAGAGAGAAUUGGGGAGAGAGACUAAAAAGGGAGCACUUUGCUGCUAACGAGUCCGUCUUAGGCUAAAUUCUUGUGAGACCUUGGUUUCCCCUGUUAUACAGGGUCAAAUGGGGUUUUAGCUGUGGUGCCAUGUUUCCCUCUAAAAUCUUAAGCAGACACUGAAUCCAUGAAGUCAAGGAGCCCUGAAGUCUGGAGUGGGUUGGGUCCUGCCUUCCUCCCACAGCCCCAGGCAGAUGCCCAGCAGGCUCCUCUGAGCUCCUGGGAUUCCAGAUGAAGAGGCCUUGGGAUGGAAAACGUGGGCAGUCGAGGCCAGCCUGAGCCAGGGAGGAUGUCUCCAGUGCCAUGGUCUGGUGGCUUCUGGAGAAGGGGUGUGGCCCACAUGGGACCCUUGCAGAGAAAGAACUGGGGGUUGAGAGUCCUGCAUAGACACCUCUGUCCUUCACCCCCAGGGUGGGGCCAGCCAGGACACCGCCACCCAGCAGCCUCUAGACCACAUGGGCUGGAGCAGGUUGGCAUAUGCCCAGAAAUCCAGGAUCUGCCCUUCCCCAGCCUCAGUUUCUCCUAUAAAACAGAAGGGAUGAGUGAGAAGGCCUCUCUAGCUACAGAAGCCUGAGCUUCUGGGCCUUGGUGUGGCUUUGAGGAAUGUGUUAACGUCAGCCCUGUGGCAUGGGAGGCUAGGUGGUGAGUGGCCUGACUGCUUUACAUGCCCAGAGUGGAGGAGGAAGGGCGGAGGGCUAUUUUCCCAGCUCUGAUCUCCACAGGUGCCUCCCUCGCCCCCUCUGCUCACCCUCCCACUGUCGUCUGGGAGAUCUUGAAGUAAGGUUUGGACAGGCAGGGUUGCCAGAGUGGAAGGGCGGGCCCCUCCUUACCAGCCUCCUUCAGAAUGUUCCAAGGGGCCAUCAGGGUCCCUUUUCGGCUGGCUGGUGAUGGCUGAGAGCAGGAUCUUGCAGCUGUCACGGAGGCCUCAUUGAAGGCCUCCUCUCCCAGGCACUCAAGGCAGAGCGCCAGCCCCACCCCCCGCGGCUCUGGGCACCAGGCAGGACUUGCCCCAACAUGUCCAUGAACAGCCACUGGGACCAGCCUGGGCCUGUUCUGGCCUUCAAAAGUUUGGUCUCCUGGGAGGAAAGCAGGUUUUGAGGCUGCAGUCCCAGGCAGUAUCCCCAGACUAUCCUCCUGCCUUGGGGCUUAUGGGGGUUCUCACGCCCUACCAGCCCCCCUGGGAGGUGGGUUGGCCAAGGGCAAACAAAGGCCUGCUCAGUUUGAGCAAGGAUUCCUUCUCUCAGGGCUACUGAAAGGGCCAGGCCUGCCUCAAGGGCGGGUCCCCGAGGCUCAGACCAGGCUCCUUACCCCAGUGUGUGUGUAGACAUUAGCCUCAGGCAAGGUCAGCAAGCUUUUCCUACCAAAGUUGCCUGUCGGAGACGCAUAGGCCCGUGUGAUAGCAUGGCCACGAGGACAGCCUGACUGGUCCCUGAGGGCCUCUACUGUGGUGCUGUUGUCGUCACCAGCUCUGAGUGCCCACAGGCAGCCCAGAGUCCAAAGACCAAUUCAGGCUCCAGCUUUGCCAUUAAAGUGCUGUGUGGCCUCAAGCAUAUGGCUGCCUUCUCUGGGCCUCAUCUUUUUUCUUUACCUAGAGGGCCCCGCAGCUGCUGUCUGAGGUCUUUCGGGUUCUGAAAUGGUGUCAUUCUAGGUUUCUGCUGGGAACCCUAGUGGGUAGAAGUUGACUGGGGUCUGCCAUACCCCUCUUCCCUGCCCACCCUCUGAAGCCUGCUUGCCCAGCACCCAGGAUGAGGCCAGGCCAGCCACCCAGGUGCCAUUUCUAACCUAAUUUCCAGAAAUGGUGUACCAUGGCCUGGAGCACCAAACAAAUUCUGUUGGAAGGGUUCGAGCUGUCCAGCUUUAUAAAAAGAAAGCCCAGAAGGGGUUUGCUGGCUCCAUCCAUCUGCUGAGGCUGCUCUGACUGUAUCCCCACACUGCCCACCUCAGGUGGGAUCAAGAUUUUCCUCCUACUCAAGCCUGAGAAGCAGCCUCAUAUGGCCUGUGUGCCUCAAAAGUGGCAGAUUGGGAGCUGCUGCAGGGCCCUUACCCAGGUGAUCACGCCUCUCCCGCCUCUGGGAUGUGCUUGCACGUGUGUGUGUGUGUGUCCGUGCCCUGUGUGCGGUGCCUUAUCUGCAGGCACAGCAGGAUGCCCCUCUAGGAACAUGUCUCCAACCUUUGUGUGAGUGUGUGCCCUCCUCGGGUCCCAGGCUGGGACAUCUGGAGGCUGGCGUGCCUGUUUUUGUCCUCUCUGCGUCCACAGGGUCAGUCGGUGUAUACGUGCCUCUCCUCUGCCUUCUCUCACAGUGCCCAGGGGUCCUCCUGAGGGUGUGGGGGACUCCGUCUCCUGGAUGAUCCAGGGUCCUCUGCCCUUCCCUCAGCAACCAGGCCGCUGAGUCAGGUCCCUUAGGCCCUCUGAGGGUGGGUGACCGGGAACUUGGGUGCAGGGAGCAGCUCCUGGGGGCAAAGGGCUGGACCCCCUGCCUGGGCCAUGGAGUGGUUAUAUGUCCCGGGGGCGUAGGGCUGCAGGGAUGGCCCAAUCCCACCUCUGUUUAUUCUGUAAACUUCAACUUGUAAAUAUGUUUAGCAUUCCUAUUGUAACAAAAUUAAUUUUUAUGAAAUAAAUUAUAUUUCCUAGUCUAAUAAAAAAAAAAUCCAGGUUGUAUUCUGCUGUC